AUGUCCGCCGCCGCCGCUGCAUCGAUCAACACCACCACCACCACCACCACCACCUCGGACCGCUACUUCCCCAUCAACACCUCCGCCGUGAUCCCCGGCUACGCGCGCAACAGCCCGCCGCUCUCAAACUCGCUGCCCUCGGACUCGUCGUCCCUCUCGGGCAGCUACCACAGCCACCACCACUACCACCGCCACAACAGGGACAUGAUGACCAUCCGCGCCGUGUCGCCCGACUGCGCGGCCGCCAACGGCGACGACGACGACGGAAACGACACAGACGACUCGCUGGUGGCGCAGCACUCGCCGACCACGCCGCCACGGACACCCGCGCACACGAGCCGCUUCGACAUGAUGGGGCUGCUGGGCGGGCACCACGGGCACGGGCACGGGCACGGGCCGGAGUCGCCGACGGACCCAGUGUCGCCGGGGGGGCUGCUGGGCAUGGGCAUGGGCAUGGGGGGAGGAGGAGGAGGAGGAGGAGGGGCGAAGGGGCAGAGCAGGCUGCUGUCGCGGCCGGGGUUCCCGCCGUUUGCGGACCUGAGCGUGCGUGCGCGGGACGGCGAGGGCGCGCGCAGGAGGGGCACGUCGCCGACGACGGAGAGGCCGAGCACGAUGGAGGUCAUGAUACAGUCGCCCAUACACUACCAUAGCUCGCGGUACGGCCAGGCGUUUGUGCAGGAGGGCGGCGCGACGUCGGUGGGCUUUCCGUCGACGCAGGCGAUGGGGUCAGGGUCGUGCGUGUCUGGGUCCGGGUCUGGAGGGUCUGGAGGGUCCGGAGGGUCGGGGGGGAAGGUGCUGGUCAGGUCGGGCAAGCAGAGGUUCCUGCGGAACCAGGCGUCGGUGAGCACGCUCAGCGCGCGGCUGAGCGAGUCGCCGACGGCCAGCUCGCCCAUUGCGCCGGCGCUGCCCCCGCCGCCCGACACGGGCACGGUGUUCCGGCUGAUGAAGGAGCUGCGCGGGCGCAUGGAGGGCUACGUCGAGUACCGCGUGGGCGACAACAUGGUGUGGGUCAAGGGCUACUGCCUCAUCAACGAGGACACGGGCAACCUCAUCCACCACCGCGACGAGAACAUCGCGUCCGCCACCGCCGCGCCCCCAACCGUCAUCAUCGCCGACCUGCGCGGCUGCCAGGUCAAGCCCACGCACCCGCCCGACGACACCGGGUCCGCCGACAGCGCCGGCAUCAUCGAGGUCUCCGCACACACGUCCAUCGUGCCCAUCAAGCUGCGGCCGCUGGACGCAACGCAGUUCACGCGCUGGCUGGCGGCGCUGCUGUGCUGGCAGCCCAUCCCGCCCGCGGGCCCGCAGAACAAGAUGGUGAAGCCGCAGACGCUGGUGCUGACGCAGGAGCGCAAGGUCGACCGGCGGCGCAACUCGGACGCCACGCUCUCCAAGGACGCGGCAAUCAUCAAGGUCGGCAAGAUGCUGCUGUGGCGCAAGGGCGGGCUGAGCGGCGGGCUGCACCAUCAUCAUGCGUCGGGGGCGUCGGGCGGCAGUGGCAGUAGCAGCGGCGGCGGCGGCGGCAGUGGCGGGGGCUCGGGGAAGGGCUCGUCGUCGUCGUCGGGGAGGAGCGGCGGCGGGCGGGAGCGCUCGGCGGGCGUCACGUGGCAGCAGAUAUCGUGCACGCUGCAGGAGAAUGGCGAGUUUCGCAUGUAUGCGGAGGCGGACACGACGCUGCUGGCGGUCAUCAUGCUGCAGCAGCUGUCGAGGUGCGCCGUGCAGCAGCUGGACCCGAGUAUUCUGGAUAAGGAGUUCUGCAUCGCCGUGUAUCCGCAGUACUCGCAGCUGUCGACGAGCGGGUCGCUGGCCAGGCCGGUGUAUCUGAGCAUCGACAGUCGGAUAUUGUUUGAGGUGUGCUCGCGCGGCCUGGCGGGCAUCACCGAGGGCCAGGACGUGGGCGACGGCCUGGUGGACUCGUACCGCGUGCAGCGAAGCCUGUUCCUGCGCGUCGUCGAGGCCAAGAUCAUGAUGCCCGGCGGCGGGCUCGACAGCCUGAAGGAGAACCUGGACUGCUACGCCGAGGUCAUCCUCGACGGCGAGGUGCGCGCCAAGACGAUGGUGCGCACAAAGACGCACAACCCCUUCUGGCGCGAGGACUAUGAGUUCCCCGACCUGCCGGCGAGGAUGUCGGAUGUGGGGGUCGUGCUGAAGCAGCGGCAUCCGCGGUGGAAGACGAAGGGGUCGGGCACGGCGACGGGGUCUGGAGGGGGAUUUGGAGGUGGGCUGGGAGGAGUAAGUGUGCCGGGCAGUAAGGAUGCGGUCAUUGGGAGGCUGGAUAUAUCGGAUGAGCUGAGGUUCGAGGCGGAUACGGAGGGGUGGUGGCCGCUGAGGUUUGAGACGGAUACGGAGGGGUGGUGGCCGCUGAUGUCGUCGAAUAAGGGCGUGGAGGAGAAGGUGGGCGAGAUGUUUUUGAAGAUUGGCAUGGAGCAGUUGAUUGUGCUCAUGGCGCAUGAGUAUAAGGAUAUCUCAGAUCUUCUGCACAACUUCACCAGCGGCAUCACGAUGGAGAUGGCGCAGGUCAUCUCGCCCGACCUGCGCCGCCUGGCCGACACGCUGCUCAAGAUCUACCAGGUCAACGGCAAGGCCAGCGAGUGGCUCAUGUCCCUCGCCGAGGGCGAGAUCGACGGCCUCCACAAGGAAACAAUCCCCAUGCGGCCCGGGCUCGGGCGCCACCGCAACUCGGACGAGUCGUGCACCUCGGACCAGGACGCGCCGCACCCACGGCGGGAAGUCUCAAAGUCGGCGCUGAUGGACGCAAACAUCCUCUUCCGCGGCAACUCGCUGCUGACGAAGGCGCUGGACUCACAUAUGAAGAGGCUGGGCCGCGAGUAUCUGGAGGAGACGCUCGGCGAGCAUCUGUGGAAGAUUGCGGACGAGGACACGUACUGCGAGGUGGACCCCGUGCGCAUGGAGCCCGGCGAGAACCUGCCGAAGAAUUGGAAGGUGCUGAUGGGCAUUGUGAAUGGCAUUUGGAGUAGCAUCUAUAAGAGCCAUGAGAGGUGCCCGAUCGAGCUGAGGAGGGUGCUGAAGCAUAUCAGGGCGUGUGUGGAGGACCGGUAUGGCGAUCUGCUGAAGAGUGUGAGCUAUAGCAGUGUGUGUGGGUUUCUGUUCCUGCGGUUCUUUUGUCCCGCGAUACUGAAUCCGAAGCUGUUUGGGCUGCUCAAAGACCACCCCGGCGUGCGAGCCCAGCGCACCCUCACCCUCGUCGCCAAGUCGCUCCAAGGCCUCGCCAACAUGACCCCCUUCGGCGUCAAGGAGCCGUGGAUGGAGCCCAUGAACGAGUUCCUGCACGCGCACACCACGGGCCUCCGCGACUUUGUCGACCACCUCACGUCCAUCCCGCCCACGCAGCUGUACGCGCAGGAGACCGUGCCGCCAUCGUACGCCACGCCCAUCACGAUCCUGUCGCGGCUGUCGCAGCCGUCCAAGGAGGGCUUCCCCUCGCUGCCGUUCCUGAUCGACCAGCCGCGCGCGUUCGCCGCCCUCGUCGCAAUGUGGCUCAAGUGGUGGCCGGUGCACCACGCAAAGUGCCCCGAGCACCACAUCGAGGGGGAUCUGGCGCGGUUCCAUGAGCUGUGCUUGGAGGUCAAUGAGCGCAUCCGCGUGUGUGUGGAGAAGGCGGAGAAUGCGGAGAGGCCGUCGAGUUCGCUGUCGGCGAGGUGGGAGGAGGUGGCGGAGAAGGUGGCGGGGACGGGCGGCGGCGGGCAGGUGCUGACGAUGUUUCCGCUGUCGGCGAAGGCGCAUCGGGUUGUGGGGCUGGCGGCGGGGGAGGAGUGGGGGCAGGGGGCAGGAGGGGGGCAGGGGCAGGGGGGGAGGUCGAAGAGUAAGUUUAUGAGUGGCUUUGUGGGUGGGAUUAAGAAGAAGGUCAAGUCGAAGACGUAUGUGGGCGAUCAUGAUGAGGUAUGA